AGUAGUUGUUACAAUUACAUGUAAUAGUAUCCUGAUUUCAGCUUCUCGUCAAAGUUCCAUCUCUAACUCUAUAGAAAAUCAUGGCGGUUAGUUCUCUAUAAACAAUAAAAGUUAAGAUAAAACUUUUUAGUUAUUAGAUUUUGGUAUAAUUAAUGAAUAACCUUACGAGUAAUUAACAUAGUAGUUGUUAAAUAUUUCAUAUAACAAGCGUUCCCGGUUUUGAACAUAACCUAAGUUUCUUCCAAAGAAAUAUGUCUAGGUCUCAGGCAAAUUCCCACGUGCAUCAAGAUAGUUCCGUAGUGGAACGAAGAUUAAGACCUGUUUAUGAUUGGCUUGAUAUCGGAAAUAACAAAAAAGCUUUACAAGAAUGUGAAAAGGUUUUGAAGAAAACUCCAAACUUACAAUGUGCAAAAGCACUAAAAGCCCUUACCCUUCACCGUCUAGGUAAGGAGACAGAAUGCAAUACUAUUUUGGAUUUAUUAACUGAAGAGAUACCAUCUGAUGAUGCUACUUUGCAAGCUAUGGCUCUUUGCUAUAGAGAAAUGCAACAAUUAGAGAAAAUUUGUAAGCUAUAUGAAAUAGUAGUAAAACAUCAUCCAAACAACGAAGAACUCCACACACAUCUAUUUAUGUCUUAUGUGAGAAUAUAUGCUUUCAAAGCUCAACAACAAACUGCAAUGGCUUUAUACAAAAGUAAACCAAAAAAUCCAUAUUAUUGCUGGGCAAUAAUGAGCGUCAUACUACAAGCUACAAGAGGUGAAGGAACAAGAGAUCCUCAGAAACGUGAACUUCUAUUAAGUCUGGCUGAAAGGAUGUUCAAUAAGUUGCUGAAUGAUAAUAAAGUGGAUGCAGAACAAGAAGUUCAAUUGUAUAUUAUCAUUUUGAAUUUAUUGGAAAAAUAUGAAGAUAUAUUGAAUGUAUUAAAUGGGCCUUUAGCUACCAAGUUACAGUGCACUAAUAUACCUCAGACCAAAUUGGAAUACCUUAGGAAACUUAAUAGAUGGUCAGAAGUUAAUCUCAUUUGUAAGGGGAUUCUGUCUUACAGUAUUGAUCGGUGGGAUAUCUGGAAAGAAUACAUCAAUUCAGUGUUUGAACUAAUGUCUACUAAUACCGAAACUUCUGGGGAUGAUGUAGAUAAUCCUGAUGAUACACCUGAGAAAGCUCAUGAGUUUAUUUGUAGCAUUAUUGAAAAUGGAGCAGGAAAUGAACAUCAACUCCGCGGUCCAUUUUUAGCAAGAUUUCAAUUGUGUUCAAAACUACAUGAGAAGAAUAUGAACUCUACGGAAAUUUUGGGGGAUGUGACAGAACUAUUUAUUGAAUAUUUUAGAAAAUUUGGUCAUAAACAGUGUUGUGUUAGUGAUUUGAGGGGAUAUUUGAAAUUAUUGAAUUUGGAAAAGCAAUUAGAAUUAGCAUCAAGAUUAGUAAGAGAUGUCGGAAUUACUUGUACCAGUGUACCAAAAACAGAAGACCAAAUGCAGAGGCAUAUAUGUGCUUUACAGUUAUCAAGGCUUUGUGAAAAUCAUAGAAAUUUGUCUUCCGAGCACUUGAAGGCUCUUGUUACUGCUCUGUCAUUACAUUAUCAACAUGGUUAUCAAACUUAUGGACAAGAUCUACUUUCAACAGAUUUAGGUCCAUCAGAUCCUUAUGCUCUAUUGGCGGCGCAUUUACUUUAUGAUUUGGCUUACAUAGAUAAUGAUUCAAAUUGUAUAUUAGUGGCUUUAAUGUUGUUAGAGUGUUUAUUGAAGAAUUCGCCUAGUAAUUUUCAUGCUAAACUUCUGGCUGUUAGGAUGUAUCACGAUUUGGGUGGUGGAACAUGCGCUCAUGAAAUGUACAACAGUUUGGACAUAAAACAUUUACAACUAGAUUCUUUAGGAUACAUACAUUGUGCUAGAUUAUCCACCACUGGACUCUUUACAUUAUGUACGAAUCUUUUUGAUACAACUCUGAAAUUUUUUUCUAGCAAUUACAAAGACAGUUCAGAUCACCUUACAUUCUCGUAUAAAUUUGGAUCGUUCAUGAAAAUCGACGAAUUUAUGGAUUUUAGAGAAAGACUGAACAACAGUUUACAUUAUAUCACUGUAGCUGUAGAUAGGAUCGUAUUGAGUUUAGUGGAAUGUAUGUCACUAGAAACAUUAUAUUCGCUGAACAUAUCCCCUAAAGAUGAUGAUAUUAGAUGGGAAAUGUUGAUUGACAAUCAUGAUCUCAGUGUAUAUACUACCUGGGACCCCGAGAGGGUGUAUGGUCCACCCGAAGACUGGUCUGAAACAAAAGCACUUUUUCAACAAGACCUUCGUUUUCUCAAGCUUAGAUCAUUUAUUUUAUAUGCUAUAGCUCAUGCCAUAGAAAUUGUUAAAUCUUUAGAUGGGACCAGGGAACAACAUAUAAAAGAUUUAAAAAAAUUAUUAGUCGAAUGGGGAAGUUUAUAUAAUCAAAGUAUUAAUGAUAAAUUCGUUCCAAUUAAACAGGGUCUGCUGCCUUUACCUUUACCUUCAAGGCUACAUGGUGCUUUAGAAGUUCCAUAUUUCAUCGUAUUUAAUUCAUUCUUUGAAUUGUUUCUUAGUCUUAUUAGUGACGACAACAAAUUGAUAGAAAAAUGUACGAAUUCCGUCAUAGAUGAAAUUACAAAAUUGACUGAAGUCUUAAAAGAGAAUACUUUAAAAAAAUCCAAUGAUUUUUUCGAUAAACGAAAAUCAAUGGAAGUCGUAGUCAAUUGCGUAGAGAUAAUUACCAUAUCAGCAGUAAUAUGUGCCCUGUCCAAUGAAUUGAUAAAGCCUUUGCAAGUGAAAAAGGGAAAGAAGAAAGUAUCUGAUCCAAAAGGCAAGGAACUUUUGCAAAAAAUAUCGGAGAAAUUGAAAACUGAAUUAAACGCUUUUUGUGAUAUUUUACAAGACUGGACGGAUAAUGUACCGGCAGAAAAUAUAGAUAUGAAAUUCAAAUACCUCAGUUUAAAUUUAAAUGAAAAUAUCGCAGAUAAAAUUUUACACAGUUAUACGAUUUCCAAUAAAGAGAUUCAAUUGAUUUUGAAAACUAAAAUCAGAUUAUUGACCUAGAAGUGAAUAAUAAUCAAUUUGUUUUUAUUGAUUGUUGUAAGUAUUGUAUAAUAAAAUUUUUGGUUUUUAAAUCCCUCACUAUUUUGUUUCCUUGUUAAUAUAAUAAAAAAAUUAAGUUUUA